GUGAAGUAUGAUGGGAAGUAUGAUGGUUAUGGAGUUGAAACAUGGGCAAAAGGGAGUAGAUAUAGGGGUCAAUAUAGGAAUGGAUUAAGGCAUGGAAUUGGGAUUUAUAGGUUUUUUACGGGGGAUGUUUAUCAAGGUGAAUGGUCUAAUGGUCAAUCUCAUGGUUGUGGGAUUUACUCUUCUCAAGAUGGUAGUAAGUAUGUUGGUGAAUUCAAGUGGGGUGUUAAGCAUGGAUUUGGUUAUUAUCAAUAUAGAAAUGGAGAUUUGUAUGCUGGUGAAUACUUUGCUGAUAAGAUGCAUGGUUUUGGAGUUUACAAAUUUGGCAAUGGACACCAAUAUGAGGGGUCCUGGCAUGAGGGCAGAAGGCAUGGGCUUGGUGUUUACACUUUCAGAAAAUGGGAAGCUCAAUCUGGUUACUGGCAAAAUGGGCUUCUUGUCAAGGCUAGCUGUCAAACUCAACUGCCUGACUCCCCCUUUUCAGCUUACCCUUGCAAAGUUUCUAUUGCUAUCCAGAAAGCAAGGCAAGCAUCUGAAAGAGCAUAUAAGGUGAAAUCAGUAGAUAACAGGGUGAACAAAGUUGUAGCAGCUGCUAAUAAAGCAGCUAAUGCUGCCCGAGUGGCUGCUGUGAAAGUUGUUCAAACAAGGAUGCAUAAAGGAAUCGAUAGUAAAACAUCGCUUCAAUGUGUAAUUAAACUCCUCAUGAAAACAUAACAAGCCAGCACUUGAAUUUUCUGGAGGAUCAGAAUUCUAUUCCCAAAUUGAUAUCCUUGCUUAUCAUAUGCUGUUUGAUUUUCAUACUUCGUCUCCAUACUAGAAAAGAGAAUGAGAACUGCUUUUUACUACAAUCAGUAAAAGCAGAUGUAGAUGAUCAAAAAGGUCAAAUCUCAAUCUUCGUAGCUUGUAAACCAAAAUGUACAUAGCUGAAUAUUAGUGAUGUUCUGGAAAUGGCACCGAAGGUAAUGAAGGAAAUGGCACCGAAGGUGUUGAAUAUUAGUUUGGUUGAAUAUAAAUCUUCUAAUACAGAGAUCAAUGCUCCUGUGUAGCUGUUUCUGUUCUGUUGAUGUUAGCUAUCUGGUUGUGUCUGCUCAGCUGGUUGUCCUGUUCAGCUAUUAGAUGCUGGUUCUUUUAUCUUGAUUACUGCAGGGUUGGUUUUCCUAUCUGUGAUGCUGUGAGCUGCUGUUUCUGCUACAAUGCUGUGUCUGUUGUGCUGUGAUGUCGAGUUUUCCCUGUGUUGAUGUGAUGCGCUGCUGUGUUGGUGUUGCUGUGUUGCUGUCUGCUUCCUUUUGUAGUGCUGUGUUGCUGGUUUAUGGGGUGCUGUGAUGCUGAGUUGAUGUGCUUGCUCUGCUGCUUUGGUGUUGCGCUGUGUUUUGUUAUUUUUGUAGCCUGUUGAGCUGCUUAGUUUAAGCUGUUUAGUUUGCUAUUUAUAUGCUUCAUUAGAACAGGUUUUUGGAGUAUUUGAAGUAAAUUUGUAACUUUAUAUA